AUGCUUUUGCUUCUUGAUCAUCAAGUUGAUUUAAAGGAAAAUAAUAGUAAUAACAUAAGUAAUCAAAAUGACACACUAAUAAAUGAAAAUAUUAUCAAAGAAUCCAAUGACAUCUCUUCACAUAAUAUAAUAAUAAAUAAUAGUAGCAGCUUUGAAAAUAAAGAUCUUGAAGACUUAUCUCAAAGUACCAAAGGAAAUAGUGGUAUCAGUGAAAGUAGCGAAAAAAAUAGUGACAGCAGCAGUACAAAUAGCACCACAAGUGAUAGUAAAGAUAAUAAAGAUAGUAGUUCAAUUAGCGAAAUAAUUGAAAUCCUUCAAAAUAUUCAAAAUGGUAUAGAUAAUAAUUAUAGUAGUAUUAAUAGUAGUAAUAAUAACACUAUUGAUGUCAAUGAUAGCUAUGAUGUUAGCAAUAAUGAUGGUAAUAAUGAAUUUCAACCAAUCAAAUUAAAUAAAUCAUCAUCAAUGCCAAACUCACCAGUUUUUUCAUUUAUUAAAAAUGAUGAUAUUUUAAAAUAUACCAGAUCCUCAUCAUUUAAUAUAAACUUUUCAAUACAACAAGAUAGCCCAAUAAAUUUAAGGUCAUCUAGUCAAUUUUUUAGAAGUAAUAGUUUUAUAGAAUCUAAUAAUAAUAAUAGUGUAUAUAUAGAAAAAAAUAGUAAUACUGAAAGCGAUAAUAAUCAAAAUCAAGAAAUUGAUAAUUGUUAUAAUGGUGCAGAUAUAGAUAAUGGUGAAGAUAAUAAAGAGUGUACAUUAGUAGAGGAAACCAUAAUAAAUAAAGAAAGCGAUUUUAUACUAAAUAAUAAUAAUAUUAAUAAUGAAGAAAAAGAAGGAGAGGCAGAUAAUAUAGAAAACAAACCAAUUAUUUUAAAUGAUUCUAUUAAUAGUUUAGGUAGUGAAACUAUACCCGAGACCACCUCACUAUCACUUGAUACAACCCUACCAGUUUCUUCCAUUACAACUACCACCACCACUACAACCACUACGACAACUACUACCACUACAACAACUACCACGCCAGCUUCAACUUCAACGUCACCACCUGCAUCGUUACCAGCUUCUGCAUCGUCAUCACCAUCCUUAUCAUCGUCACAACAACAACAACAAACUUUACAACCACCCCAGCAAUCACCAUUACCACCAUCAAUACCAUCAAUACCAUCAAUACCACCAUUACAAACACCACCACCAACACAACAAACGAGUUCAAGAGUUCAAAGACAGCCAAGACAGAGACAACAGGGAUCAAUAGAAAGACCGUUAUUACAUGCAGUUUUAUUACAAGAAGAAAUUAAAAAUUUAAUAAGUUAUGAAGAUGUUAAUACCAAGGAUAUAGAAGGAAAUAGUAUUUUACAUAGAGUUUCGAUUAUUGGUAAUUCCCAAGCAAUAAAACAUAUCGUUAAUAGAGGUGGCAGAGUUAAUGGAACUAAUAAUAACGGAAUAACCCCACUUCAUUAUGCAGCAUGUGCAAAUGUACCUUGUGUUGACAUUCUUUUAUAUCAUGGUGCCCAAGUAAAUUCAAAAGAUAAUAAUUUAGAAACCCCACUUCACUAUGCAGUAGAUAGAGGUUUAUUUUCGAUAGUAUCAACAUUAUUGAUGCGUGGUUCUAAAGUUGCACUUGCAAAUAAAUCAAUGGGUAGAAAUCCUCUUCAUUUAGCAGCAAUCAAAGGUUACUCUUCAAUUGUUCGACUUUUAUUAGAGAGUAAAGGAAAUGUAAACUCAGUUGAUCGUAGUGAAUGUACACCACUUCAUCUAACCGUUUUCUUUAGUCCUAUUAAUAAUAGUAAUUCUGGCUCACUUUAUAACAGCCAGGAAAUCAAUGCCACAAUCGAUCAAUAUUUUACUUGUUGUGAAUUAUUUCUCCAACGUGGUUGCAAUAUUUAUUCUCAAGAUAUUGAUGGCUCAACUGCUCUUCAUAUUGCUGCUCAACAUGGUAAAAGAAAUUUUAUGGAAAUUAUUUUAUUUUAUGCCAAUAAAACUAAAUCUCCUUCAUUAUCGAUUUUAUCAAAUGGUAAAUCAGUUAAAAAAGAUAUAAAGUCUGAAUUAAUUUUAUUUAUUCCCGAUAAUAAAGGAAGAAUUCCAUUACAUGUUGCAGCAUAUUCAGGUCAUUCUAAAAUUUUACAAGUUUUAAUUGGAUCAGCAUCAAGAAAAACAGCAUUUAUUAAAGAUGAUAUGGGUAUGACAGCAUUAUGUUUAGCAUCAUUGUUUGGUCAUUUUGAUUGUGUGGAAGUUUUAAGUAGGGAAAAAAGACCACCAAAUUUCACAUUCAAAUUUUUUAAUGAUCCAAAUGAUAUAAAGACUCCGUUCGAUCCGUUAGGAAAUGAUUUUAGAUUUAGCUUGGAUGGCCAAUACUGUGAUAUAGUUUUCAAUGUCGAAGGUAAAGAAAUUUAUGCUCACACUGUUAUUUUAAGACAAUUCAAAAUUUUUAGAGAAUUAAUUCAUACCUAUAGAGUAUCACACGGAAAUGGUGUCGGUAAUGCAGGUGGAGGCUAUUAUGGUAAUUAUGGAUCCCAUUAUCAGCAAUACCUCGCUGGCUAUAUGGGAAGCCAAUUACAUGCAUCAAAUAUUUCAAAUCAAAUAUCAACAAGCUAUGUAUCAGAUAGCUAUUAUAACCAAGAAGAUGCUAGUUUUACCGAUGAUGAUGAUAGUUCUUAUUACGGCAGACAUAGAACUCGUUCAAGAAUGGGUAGUGUGGUAAAUCCGGGUCAGUUAAUUCGUAUUCCAAUCGAAAAAGGUGUAUCAUAUGAAUUGUUUAAAGCAAUUUUACAUUAUGCAUACACUAGUGAAGUACCACGUGAAAUCGUUUCAAGUUCAAGUAAAUUCUCUGAAUUUAGCGAUCUUUGUUCUCUUUAUAACAUUGAUUCAGUUUGUAAUAUCUCACCAAAUAGACCAAGACACGGAACCCUCGAUUUGGCUAGCUAUUUAUACCGUCAAGUUGGUUCAAGUAUGGGUGCUGAUGUUUUAUUCAUUUGCGAAGGAGGCUUUGGAAUUUAUGCACAUAGUGUUAUUUUAGCAGCUCGUUCACCAUUCUUUAAAAAUCAUUUUGAAACUCAUCAAUUUGCACCAACCAAAACAAUUAUCUCAGUAUUCCCAAACCAACCACCCUCAAACUCCACCACUACCACUACCACCACUACCACAACCACCACAACCACUACAUCAAACGGCAAAGAUAAGGAAAGUAGUACACAAGUUUAUGGUACAAGCGUUCAAAGUAAUAGCAGUAUCAACGGUGGUUUCAAUAUUGGUAAUAUCGAACAUACUCCAAGAAAAAUGUCAUGCCCAUCAUCACCAGCUUUAGGCAGCGAAAUUGGUUUCCAUCCAUGUGCUUGGAAUAUUGAUAUUGGCGAUGUAAAUCAUAGGGUUUUAACAGCACUACUCGAAUUUUUAUAUUGUGGAAGUAUUGUUUUUGCCAAUCCAUGCCAACCACCAUCAUCAAGUGUCACCAAUACUCUCGGCAGUGGAGUUUUUACCCCAUCAGAAGUAUUUAAAUUUAGAAAUAGUAAUAAUGAACAAUUAGAUGUCAUUGAUAUUUUAACACUCUCCAAAUUAUCAUACACAAUCUCUCACAAAACAUUACAACAUUAUUCUGCUGUUUUACUUUACCAUAUUUUAGAUGUUUCAAAAAUCGUUACAGUAAUCAAAACCAUCUUUGAAAAUAACUCUUUACACUUUAAAGAGAAUUGGGUUAGCAAUUCAUCAUCCUCUAGUGCUAUUCAAGAUAUGUGGUCUAUUUGUUUGGAAUGGAUGUCAAAGAAAAAGAAUUGGAAUGAUUUGUUAAAGAACGAAUUAUUUAUUAAACAAAAUUUCACAAGUAAAUUUAUUAAAGAUCUAAAGAAAGAAAGAGAUGAAAAGAAAAAGAAAUUGGAAAAAAUUGAAAAACAAAGAAAGAAACAAGAAACUAGUGAUGGUAAAAAACAAUCAUUGUCAUCACAGUCCCAAUCUCCACAACAACAGUUAACUCAUAAUAAUUAUGGUGGAUCAUCAUUAAACCUAUCUUAUUCUGGUUCACAAAAUAAUAGUCCCUCUCAAAGUCCAGUUAACUCUGUUAAAAACAAUAUGAACUCGGUUAUUACAAAUCAUACCUUUAAUAGAUCAUCAACAACAAAUAAUAUUAGUAGUAGAAUUGCAACAAGUAGUCACAGUGCCUCACCAUUAUUUUCAAAUUCAGUUACAAAUCCCCAACCAAUAUCCUCUCCAAAUCCACCAACAAUAAAUAAUGAAAAAGAAACAAUUGAAGAUAAUAAUAAUAUGAACAACUAUAGUGUAGAAAAUAAUAAUAGCAAUAUAAAUAAUAUUGAAAGCAAAGAAUCAACCAAUAAUAAUUCUAACAAUAACAGUAGCAAUAGUACCAAUGUAAAUAAUGAAAGUUAUAAUAAUACUUUACAACAAAAACAACAACAACAACAACAACAACAACAACAACAAAACAAAAAAUCUGGUUUUUGGUUAUUAAAAACUUUAAAAAAGAAAUCUUAA